AGAAUCCCUGCCGUAGGGCUCGGUACCGUCGGGAGGGUGUAAAUCUAUGGUAGACGACAGUGUGUCUGGAUAAUGAAUACAGAAGUCCAUUACGUCAUUCAGACAGGUGCUUUUUUUACUUUGUCUUUUCAGACUACACCACAGCAGUCCCUUUUAGCACUGGCAGCAUAGCUUUUAUAGUUGAUGCAUACGUCGAUAACUUAUAUUACGCGAACAUUUAAUUAAAUACGCCAAUAUCCAGUCGCUAGAAUAGAAUAACAUUUGCGCUUUGCAAUCGGAGACGGCUGUAUAUGGGCGGGACUUCCUUGUAGCCAACACUGUUUAUUUGUGCGUGUUGCAGAAUUAGAAGAGAGAUCUUGCACAGAGCAGAUAAGAAGUCUGUAUUACAGGGUGGUAUGAUGUUGUGUAGCGUAAUGCUGGGUUGCAGCCCACGAAGAGGAGGAGGCUGCUAUCUGGGAUGGCUUCUGACCUUAACCCUGACCCUGCCUCUGGCCUCCCUACAGAUGGACCACCAUGGACACCAAGGCCACCCCCUCCAUCCUCACCACCAGGCCACCAGAGGGGCUCGCCCCAAGCUACUGCUGCUGUCCUUCGACGGAUUCCGCUGGGACUACGUGGACCGUGUCCCCACCCCUAACUUCCACGCCCUGAUGGAGGAAGGGUCAAUAGUUGAGCAGGUUGAGAACGCCUACAUCACCAAAACCUUCCCUGACCACUACACCCUGGUCACCGGGCUGCAUGCCGAGACGCAUGGCAUCGUGGGUAACGAGAUGUACGACCCAGACCUUAACGCCUCCUUCUCCAUGGAGACGCAGAGCGCCUACGAGCCACGCUGGUGGGCUGGGGCAGAGCCUCUGUGGGUGACCAAUCAGAAGCAGGGUGGGCGGAGCGGCGGGGUGAUGUGGCCGGGGUCGGACGUGGAGAUCGGGGGGGCGUACCCGUCACGCUACCUUCCGUACAACGCGUCACUGAGCUUCGAGAGGCGCGUGGAGACGAUGGUAGCCUGGCUGAUGGGGGAGGGGCCAGAGGAGGGGGUUCGGUCUGUGCAGGGGGGUGUGGACUUUGGCGUGUUAUACUGGGAGGAGCCUGAUGAGAGCGGUCACAACCUGGGCCCAGAGAACCCUCUAAUGGACGCAGUCAUUGCUGACAUAGACGACAAGCUGGGCUUCCUCCGCAAUGAGCUGCGCAAGAAGGGUCUGUACGAAAGUGUGAACCUGAUUGUAACCAGUGAUCAUGGCAUGACCCAGCUGUCCAAAGACAAGGUGAUUGAGCUGGACCAAUACCUGGACAGAGAACUCUACACCUGGGUGGACAAGAGCCCUGUGGUGGGGAUACUACCUAGAGAAGGUAAGUUAGAGGAGGUGUACAGUGCGCUGGUGGAGGCCAAUCCCAACAUGGUGGUGUACAGGAGGGAGCAGAUCCCCGAGCGUCUCCACUACCGUCACAACAACAGGAUCAUGCCCAUAAUUAUCGAGGCCAAGGAGGGCUGGACCAUCACCCAGAACAGAACCACUGGACCACACAUGUUGGGUAACCACGGCUACGACAACACCCUACCCAGCAUGCAUCCUGUCUUGGUGGCGCGUGGCCCCGCCUUCCGUCAGGACUACGUGAAGAGUUCCAUGCGUUCCGUUGACCUCUACCCCCUCAUGUGUCACAUCCUGUCUGUUCGGCCCUGCCCCAACAAUGGUUCUCUAGCCCGGGUUAUGGAUCUCCUCUCCGAGCCCUCCCCCCCCACACACUCCACCCCCCUGGACGGCAGAUACCAGCCUUCCUUCGCCACCGCCCUGGGCGUGGUCCUGGGGGUUGUCAUGGUGACAGGGUUCCUGGUGGUUAUCGUCAAACAGAUGACGAUCCGACAACUACCCAGCAGGCAGAGAGAGAUGGCCCAGCCGCUAUUACUUGGAGAACUACAGCUUUAGAGGAGAGAGGAGAGGCAGAGGAGAGGGAGAGGAGGAGAGGAGAGAGAGGAGAGGCAGAGGAGAGAGAGAGGAGAGGGAGUUAGAAGAGAGAGGAGGAGAGGGAGUUAGAAGAGAGAGGAGGAGAGGAGAGGGAGUUAGGAGAGAGAGGAGAGGGAGAGGGAGAGGAGAGGGAGUUAGAAGAGAGAGGAGAGGCAGAGGAGAGGGAGAGGGAGAGGAGAGGAAGUUAGAAGAGAGAGGAGGAGAGGAGAGGGAGUUAGAAGAGAGAGGAGGAGAGGGAGUUAGGAGAGAGAAGAGGAGAGGGAGUUAGAAGAGAAGAAAGGAGAGGAGAGGAGGAGAGAAGAAAGGAGAGGAGGAGAGUUGACGCCGUACACCGGUAAAGGACAGUAGUUAACCAGGCUUCAGUGUGGAGGAGGAGCAGAGGAGAGGAUACGUGUGGCUUUGUUCUGAUGGUUGUCUUGUUGUUAAUCUCAGCAGUCAUAAUAACAAUAAGAAGCAAUAGUACAACGGACACCAAGCGUAAUAAGGGAGUAAAUCUAGUAUGUGGUUGAGUUGUUAAGCCGUACAGUGAAUCAGAGAACCACUGUGAGAUCUGAGUUCAUUUAUUUAGUCAGGCUGUUUCUUUCAGUCUUCAAUACAUCCACGACUGCCACGUUACUACUUUAGUCCAUAUAGUUGUCGUCAUGACUACCACGUUACUAUUUUAGUCCAUAUAGUUGUCGUCAUGACUACCACGUUACUACUUUAGUCCAUAUAGUUGUCGUCAUGACUACCACGUUACUAUUUUAGUCCAUAUAGUUGUCGUCAUGACUACCACGUUACUACUUUAGUCCAUAUAGUUGUCGUCAUGACUACCACGUUACUACUUUAGUCCAUAUAGUUGUCGUCAUGACUACCACGUUCCUACUUUAGUCCAUAUAGUUGUCGUCAUGACUACCACGUUACUACUUUAGUCCAUAUAGUUGUCGUCAUGACUACCACGUUACUACUUUAGUCCAUAUAGUUGUCGUCAUGACUACCACGUUCCUACUUUAGUCCAUAUAGUUGUCGUCAUGACUACCACGUUACUACUUUAGUCCAUUUAGUUGUCGUCAUGACUACCACGUUACUACUUUAGUCCAUAUAGUUGUAGUAUUGACUACCACGUUCCUACUUUAGUCCAUAUAGUUGUCGUCAUGACUACCACGUUACUACUUUAGUCCAUAUAGUUGUUGUCAUGACUACCACGUUACUAUUUUAGUCCAUAUAGUUGUCGUCAUGACUACCACGUUACUACUUUAGUCCAUAUAGUUGUCGUCAUGACUACCACGUUACUAUUUUAGUCCAUAUAGUUGUCGUCAUGACUACCACAUUACUACUUUAGUCCAUAUAGUUGUCGUCAUGACUACCACGUUACUACUUUAGUCCAUAUAGUUGUUGUCAUGACUACCACGUUACUAUUUUAGUCCAUAUAGUUGUCGUCAUGACUACCACGUUACUACUUUAGUCCAUAUAGUUGUCGUCAUGACUACCACGUUACUAUUUUAGUCCAUAUAGUUGUCGUCAUGACUACCACGUUACUACUUUAGUCCAUAUAGUUGUCGUCAUGACUACCACGUUCCUACUUUAGUCCAUAUAGUUGUCGUCAUGACUACCACUUUCCUACUUUAGUCCAUAUAGUUGUCGUCAUGACUACCACGUUACUACUUUAGUCCAUAUAGUUGUCGUCAUGACUACCACGUUACUAUUUUAGUCCAUAUAGUUGUCGUCAUGACUACCACGUUCCUACUUUAGUCCAUAUAGUUGUCGUCAUGACUACCACGUUCCUACUUUAGUCCAUAUAGUUGUCGUCAUGACUUCCACGUUACUACUUUAGUCCAUAUAGUUGUCGUCAUGACUACCACGUUACUACUUUAGUCCAUAUAGUUGUCGUCAUGACUACCACGUUACUACUUUAGUCCAUAUAGUUGUCGUCGUGACUACCACGUUACCACUUUAGUCCAUAUAGUUGUCGUCAUGACUACCACGUUACUAUUUUAGUCCAUAUAGUUGUCGUCAUGACUGCCACGUUCCUACUUUAGUCCAUAUAGUUGUCGUCAUGACUACCACUUUCCUACUUUAGUCCAUAUAGUUGUCGUCAUGACUACCACGUUACUACUUGUUCCUGUUCAGUACUUACAGUUAUCCUUCAUAGGAGAUCAUCUUUCUAUUAUAUGUGCAAUAAUGUUGUUUUAUAUAUGUUACUGUCUGUAGGGGGCGUAUUAAAGACACAUGUGUCUUGCCCAUAUAAAGUGUUCAUAAACCAUUAACCAUUCAGGGCUUGACAUUCAGGUAAAUUUGCCAGUGGCACACCAGGCCAGUACCAAGUGAAAACUACUUUCCCGAAUGAGAACAUGACUGGCUGGGCCAAGUUAUACAUGCAGAAUUUUAAUCAUGGGUGAUUUCAUGUUUCAUUUGCAGUCUGGGCAAGUACCUUUUUUUUUUAUAGCCUAUAUAGCCAACCAUACAAUCUGAUAUUUACACGGAUUGUUUGGAGAACGAAGAUAAAGCCACCCGUCCCUGUCUCAGUGAUGACAUAUAGCCUUAACAUUUAAAGAAAAUGUCAUAAAUUAGCCCAAUAAAAUGUCAUAUCUUCAGGGCCUAUAUAGUACAUGGUCCUUAUUUAGAGGCAGCUAUUUUAGCAUAGCACAUUUUUUGUUUUGGCCCUUUUUUUAAAUGACAUCAAAUGGAUCAGAAAUACAUUGUAGACAUGACUAUUGUAGCUGGAAACGGCCUUUUAGGCAGAGUUCCUCUGUCCAGUGUCUGUGUUAUUUUGCCCAUGCUUUAAUAUUGCUUUAAUAUUUUAUUUUUAUUGGCCAGUUUGAGAUAUGGCCUCUUCACUGUUGACAUUGAGACUGGUGUUUUGCGGGUACUAUUUAAUGAAGCUGCCAGUUGAGGACUUGUGAGGCAUCUGUUUCUCAUACUAGACACUCUAAUGUACUUGUCCUCUUGCUCAGUUGUGCACCGGGGCCUCCCACUCCUCUUUUUAUUCUGGUUAGAGCCAGUUUGCUCUGUUCUGUGAAGGGAGUAGUACACAGCGUUGUACGAGAUCUUCAGUUUCUUGGCAAUUUCUCGCAUGGAAUAGCCUUCAUUUCUCAGAACAAGAAUAGACUGACGAGUUUCAGAAGAAAGUAUUUUGUUUCUGGCCAUUUUGAGCCUGUAAUCUAACCCACAAAUGCUGAUGCUCCAGAUACUCAACUAGUCUAAAGAAGGACAGUUUUACUACUUCUUUAAUCAGACAACAGUUUUCAGCUGUGCUAACAUAAUUGCAAAAGGGUUUUCUAAUGAUCAAUUAGCCUUUUAAAAUGAUAAACUUGGAUUAGCUAACACAACGUGCCAUUGGAACACAGGAGUGAUGGUUGCUGAUAAUGGCCCUCAGUACGCCUAUGUAGAUAUUCCAUAAAAAAAUCUGCUGUUUCGAGCUACAAUAGUCAUUUACAACAUUAACUUCGGGAUCGGUGUCCCGUCCACUGGACGGUUGAGCUAACGUAGGCUAAUGUGAUUAGCAUGAGGUUGUAAGUAACAAGAAACUUUCCCAGGACAUAGACAUAUCUGAUAUUGACAGAAUGCUUAAAUUCUUGUUAAUCUAACAGCACUGUUCAAUUUACAUUAGCUAUUACAGUAAAAGAACACCAUGCUAUUGUUUGAGGAGAGUGCACUGUUUUGAACAUGAAAAGUUAUUAAUAAACAAAUUAGGCACAUUUGGGCAGUCUUGAUACAAAAUGUUGAACAGAAAUGCAAUGAUUGACUGGAUCAGGUCAAAAUUUGUCCACAUACACUGCCGCCAUCUAGUGGCCAAAAUCUAAAUUGCACAUGGGCUGGUAUAAUACAUUUUGGCCUUUCUGUUAAAUUUCAAAGAUGAUGGUACAAAAGAAAAUACAAAAUAAUGUUUUUUUUUCUUUGUAUUAUCUUUUACCAGAUCUAUUGUGUAAUAUUCUCCUACAUUCCUUUCACUUUCUCACCAACUACAAAGUGUUUCCUUUCAAAUGGUACCAAGAAUAUGCAUAUCUUUGCUUCAGGUCCUGAGCUACAGGCAGUUAGAUUUGGGUAUGUCAUUAUGGGGGGAAAUUGGGGGGGGAAAGGGGGCGGGUCCUAAAGUGUUUUUUUAACAAUGUCUACACUGUAUUUCUGAUAAAUUUGAUGUUAUUUUAAUGGGAAAAAAAUGUUUUUUUCUUUCAAAAACAAGGACAUUUCUAAGUGUGUGUGUGUGUGUGUAUAUAUUACAGAAUAGCAUCAUUGCAACAUUAAUUUUCAACAAGUGAUUUGUGUAAAUAAUGGAUGUCUUGACAAGCAAGCAGCUACACAGUGUAGGCCUAGGUCUACGUAAACCUUUCCUUGCUAAUAAUGACGUCUGUGUGAUAUGAAAUAAUACUGACGAUCAGGGGGAGAACUUUUUUUUAUUCUGCCUCCGCUGAGACGGGUCUGGCGUGAGUAUCUAGGCCGUACUGUGGUAGGGCUCACUCGAGAUGGAAAGGGAAUUUAAGGCUUUGACAUUCUUGCCUCAGCUUGGAAACCAAAUGCUGGUUGAUAACAAGUGUGAAUCGUCAGACGUCAGGAAGAUUGUCAAGGAUUAAAUCCAAAUAUAAAUCAUUAUUUUCUGUUUUGUAGUUUGGAAAUGUACUGGGCCAAACGGGUCAUGUGAAAGCUUGAUUUAAUUGGUAACCGGUGAGCAGUUGCCGUGCCAACUCGCAAGGCCUGAAUGUCAAGCCCUGCCCAUUAGUUGGUGAUGUCAUAACUAUUCGCUGGGGGAAAAUUGCUUUUUAGGUUUUAAGGACUGUGAAGUGUGAAGUGCAAUAGGUUUUAAGGACUAGGAGGGAUUCUUAAUUUAGGAGGGAUUCUGAGCAAUGUGUGUGAUUCUUAACUUUCUGUGUUGAUAGUUGACUAAUGAGUUGUCUGAGGCGCCAUUUUGCGCUAAAUUAACUGAAUCAUGAUGAAGCGGGACAGCAGCGAUGAGAUGAAGUGCUGUGUAGGACAUGUAUGUUUUUGUACUCUUUAUUUACAGUGCCUUCGGAAAGUAUUCAGACCCCUUGACUUUUCCACAUUUUUGUUACGUUAAGGAAAGAUAGAAAAUAGCUUUUUUCCCUCAUCAAUCUAGACCCAAUAUCCCAUGAUGACAAAGCGAAGAACAGUUUUUCUGAAAUGUUUGAAAAUGUAUAAAAAAAGCAACAAAUGAAAACAUUUACAUAAGUAUUCAGACCCCUGUACUCAGUACUUUGUUGAAGCACAUUUUGGCAGCGAUUUACAAACUUGAGUCUUCUUGGGUAUGACUUGCCUAGUUAAAUCAAGGUUAAACAUAUAUUUUUAAAUCCAAGCUUGGCACACCUGUAUUUGAGGAGUUUCUCCCAUUCUUCUCUGCAGAUCCUCUCAAGCUCUGUGAGGUUGGAUGGGGAGCUUUGCUUCACAGCUAUUUUCAGGUCUCUCCAGAGAUGUUUGAUCGGGUUCAAGUCCGGGCUCUGGCUGGGCCACUCAAGGACAUUCAGAGACUUGUCCUGUUGGAAGGUGGAUCUUCGCCCCAGUCUGAGGUCCUGAACGCUCUGGAGCAGGUUUUCAUCAAGGAUCUCUCUGUACUUUGCUCCGUUCAUCUUUUCUUCGAUCAUGACUAGUCUUUCAGUCCCUUCCGCUGAAAAUCAUCACCACAGCAUGAUGCUGCCACCACCAUGCUUCACCCUAGGGAUGGUGCCAGGUUUCCUCCAGAUGUGACACUUGGCAUUCAGUCAAAAGAUUUCAUGGUUUCAUCAGACCGGAUAAUCUUGUUUCUCAUGGUCUGAGUCCUUUAGGUGCCUUUUGGCAAACUAAGCGGGCUGUCGUGUGCCUUUUACUGAAGAGGGGCUUCUGUCUGGCCACUCUACCAUUAAAGGCCUGAUUGGUGGAGUGCUGCAGAGAUGGUUGUCCUUCUGGAAGGUUCUCCCAUCUCCACAGAGGAAUUCUAGACCUCUGUCAGAGUGACCAUCAUGUUCUUGGUCACCUCCCUGACCAAGGCCCUUCUCCCCCGAUUGCUCAGUUUGCCCGCGAAGACAGCUCUAGGAAGAGUCUUGGUGGUUCCAAACUUCUUCCAUUUAAGAAUGAUGGAGUCCAUUGUGUUCUUGGGGACCUUCAGUCCUGCAUAAAUGUUUUAGUUCCCUUCCCAAGAUCUGUGCCUCAACAUAACACUGUCUCGGAGCUCUACGGACAGUUCCUUCAACCUCAUGGCUUGUUUUUUUUCUCUGACUCCACUGUCAACAGUGGGACCUUUUAUAUAGACAGGUGUGUGCCUUUUCCAAAUCAUGUCCAAUCCAUUGAAUUUACCACAGAUGGACUCCAAGUUGUAGAAACAACAGGAUGUCUGAAUACUUUGUUUUUACUUUGUCAUUAUUAUAAUUAGAUAUUAUUAUUAUUAUUAGAUUGAUGAGGAUUUUUUUUGUUUUAAAAUAAGGCUGUAACGUAACAACAUGUGGAAAAAGUCAACGUGGUCUGAAUACUUUCGGAAAAGCAAAUGUAAAUGCUUUUCGAUGUCGAUAACUGAUAGGUGCCUCCUGCCAAAAAUGUUUUUUCAUGUAUUCAAAGAGUUGACAUAGCAGCUACUCUGUCAUAGGAUACCUUUUAUUGUACUGAUAUUAUAAAUCAUUGUAGUUUAGAUUUAUUUAAUUCAGAUUGAGUGGUAGAAAAUGUCCUUUGAGAUUUUGUUAGACUCAUUGAUUGAUUGAUUUGAUGAACACCAGUGGCCAGAAACAGACAACUGUGAUGUGAUGAUUAUUGAUUGAUUGAUUGAUUGACAUUAGAAAGUAUUCAGACCCUUUUCCCACAUUUUGUUUUACAUUCUUAUUCUAGAAAUGUAUUCAAUUAUAUUUUUCCUCAAUCUACACACAAUGACAAAGGUUUUUUGAAAUUUUUUGCGAAUUUAUUAAAAACAGAAAUACCUUAUUUACAUGGCAAAAUGUGAUUACCAUUUAAUUUGAUCUAAUAUGAAUAAAAAGGAAAGUAAGUUGAUCAUCGUGUAGCGUUUUCUGAUAUCUUACAGUAUUGCAUUAAAGAGGUGUUGUAAUUAAUUAUGUACAUUAAAGGAGAAUUUCACCCUG